AUGACUACAGAUAAAUACACUGAUACUCUAAAUGAGAUGAUCACAUUAUUCAAGAACUAUAAGCCUGGUAUUGUUACAUUGGAUAACAUAACUAAACUAUGCCAAACCCUUGGAUUGGAGUCGUUCAUCGAUGAUGUAGAUAAUGAAGUGGCAAGAUUAUCAACUGCGUCGAAAAUUAUAGUCAUUGAUAUCGAUUUUAUUAAAUCUGAAGGGAAAGUUAAAGAUGUUAAACUGGUAUUGGCAUCCAAUUUUGACAAUUUCAACUAUUUUGAAAAUAAGAAUCCUCUGGAGUCGGGUCUUCAGUCUCAAGAUAAAGAAAGUAAUAUAUUACUAAAAUCUUUAAUAGAGUAUCCUAAUUUGAAUGAAUUUCAUGAAAACUUAGAAUUCUUGUAUUUAUUAGAUUCGUAUUCACAAUUAGAUGUCGAUUCCAAUAACUCCGUACAUGGUUCUGGUGGUUUACAUGGUUCUGGUAACAAUCAUUCAGAUUCUAAUAAUAAUAAUACAACCACAGGCAAUCUAUCUAAUGGUGCAAACAAUUCACCAAUCGGAUCUAAUAAUACUAAGAAUGCUAACGGUAACAACAACAACAAUAAUAAUAGUAGCAGUAAUAAUCAAUUGGAGAAAAAUAAAUUAGAUUUGUUCAAAUAUUAUACUGAAUUGAGUCAAUAUAUCCAAGAUUAUUUACUGGAUCGCGGUAUUAAAUGGAAUGUAGCAACUAAUCUAGAUAGUAAAUUUGGUAUAUAUAUCAUCACCGCAGAUACAGAACGAGAAAUAGUUGCUAAGAUAACCUUUAAGAAAUCUUUGGAUCCACAACAUAUAUUAUAUGAAUAUAUUUACUCUAAGGAUACCAAAGAAUGGAUAAACGAAUCUGCAGAGUCCUACACAAUGGGUGUUUCGCUAGUUAUGGAGAUUAUUUCAGAUUCUAUAUGGUUCCCAAAAUCAUUCAUCUCAACUGAUGUGAUAUUCGAUAAUAAUACACAAACAAAUGGAUUAAUUCGAACCAAUAUAAAUAAAUCUAAUAGUCGCCAAAGAGAUGACAAUAUUAAUAAUUACAACUCGACCAAAUUCCUGAAACUACUAACCAAUUUAGAAGAUGGUUCACAUCCUCCAAGUGGUAAUGGUCUAUAUUAUCAUGAUAAGAUCCGUCUAAUCAAUGAUUUUACAAGUCCACUGAUAAGGUUACCAUUUUUUGACAUUAGUAAUGAUAACAUUGAUCUAAUUGAUGAAAUAUUAACUUGGACACUAUGGUCUAAAAGAGUGCUGGAGAAUAUUGUUGAACUGAUGAUGGUUCAAAAGGAAUCUACAAGUACAUAUGAUGAUGAUCACAAACUGUUAUUAGCUCCAAAUGGAAAUAUACGCUCGAGUGUGGAUACCAGCACAAAUACUACUCUUGGAUUCAAUUCAAUCGAUCAUUAUAGACACAACAGUGUGUCUGGAGCUAACGUAACACCCGAUAUUGGUAUGAGAAGAAGACGAUCAUCCAAUAAAGGGAAGAGACCCAGUAUUACUGAAGCGACAAUGUUCAAGGACGAAGGAUUGCAACAAUUUAACUUACAUGAUGUUAUGUCGGAACAACAUUCCGUUAUUACAGAGGAAGACGACGAUGAUUACAAUACAACACAGGGUCACAACAAUGAACAUAUGUCUACUGAUGAUAAUGGCCAUUCAAAUAACGAUGGUCCUGACACUAGCAAAGAUGUACCAGUCAUGGAAGAUGAUAGUCGGAUGGAUAUUGAUCCAAUGGAAUUAGGUAAUGAUAUCGAAGACACCCGAGAUAUCAAAGAAGAACAAGAACAAGAGACCACAGUGCAAGAGCUAAUACCGCUAAUUAUCUGUGAGGACCAUAUAUCUCUGGGAGAUAUCGCCAGUUGUAAUUUAUAUGAACCAGUUUCUAAAUGGGAUGCCUUCAUGUCAAGCUUCCGCCAAACCAUUUAA